UAGAAAAAAUAAAUUGAAAAUCUAAAGAAAAUUUUUAUAAAUGAGUUAAAAAGAAAACAGUUUAAAUAAAAAUGGCUCACAGUGAAAGUUUCCAGCUAAACACCUUUCGAAGCUACGUAACAAUAUUGGGAGAUGCUAAAGCAACCGACGACAAGAAACUUCGAGCCGCCCAAGAAUUGAGUGAACAUUUCGAAGUGGUAGUGCAAAGCUCAUCAUAUCCAUCAUUUUUGGAACAUUCCCUUAAGGCGUUUAUGCAUUUUCUGCAAGAUGGAGAACCCCAGUUUAUACAAGAAUACCAGGCACAUCAGGUGCGAAAAUUAAUUUUGGAAAUGAUACAUCGACUGCCUAUCAGUGAAAAUUUGAGGCAACACGUAAAGUCAAUAAUAUCGUUAAUGCUAAAAAUUUUACAAAUCGACAAUGAGGAAAAUGUGCUCGUUUGUCUAAGGAUUAUUAUAGAGUUGCAUAAAAACUUUCGGCCGUCAUUUAACAAUGAGGUCCAACAGUUUUUGGCUUUGGUAAAGAAGAUUUACACAGAACUGCCUAAUCAUAUGAACAAAAUAUUUGAACCAGCCCAGCAAAUCAGAAUUAAAGAUUUGAAAGAACUCAAUAUGGAACAGUUGCUUUCCGAAACAUAUGCUAUUAAAUCUAUACAUGUGGAAAAUCCAACAGAUUCUGUAACAUUUCAAAUGUAUAAUCUAUUGCCCAGAGGCAUGCUAUCAUUAAGGGUAUUGCAAGAAUUACCCAUCAUAGUCGUUCUUAUGUAUCAGAUUUAUAAGAACGCAGUACACCAAGAAGUAUCCGAAUUUAUACCACUAAUAAUGACUACAAUUAAUCUGCAGCCCUCGAUGGUUCAUAGAAAUUCACAAUAUUUCAAUAAAGAAAUAUUUAUUGAUUUUAUGGGAGCUCAAAUAAAGACGCUUUCCUUUUUAGCCUACAUCGUAAGGCUAUUCCAGGAAACAAUUAUGACACAUUCUGCUGCCGUAACAAGUGGCAUUUUAAGUUUAAUGCAUCUGUGCCCUAAAGAGGCGGCACAUUUACGAAAGGAGCUGUUAAUUGCGGCUAGACAUAUUUUUGCCACAGACUUGAGACAAAAGUUCAUACCUUCAAUUGAACGUCUAUUCGAUGAAGACUUGUUGAUUGGCAAAGGUGUUACCUUGGAUUCGAUACGUCCUUUGGCUUAUUCAACAUUGGCUGAUUUGGCCCAUCAUGUGCGACAAAGCUUAAGUUUGGAUGUGUUGGAAAAAGCCAUUAAAUUAUUUUCCAAAAACGUUCAUGACGAAUCAUUGGCCACCGGCAUACAGACAAUGUCCUGUAAGCUAUUGUUAAAUCUUGUCGAUUGUGUUCGGCAUCACAGUGAGGUGGAACCGAUUAAAGCUCGUAGUUUAUUGACAACAUUGUUGAAAGUUUUCGUUUAUAAAUUUCAAACAAUUGCUAAAAUAACGCUGCCCAGCAUAACACAAAGAUUAAAAGCCCAGACUACAGCUUCACUAACCUCACCAGCAUCCACAACAUCCUCAUCUACCGCGGUAUUGGAUAAUAAAGAAAAUAUAAACGACACUGCUGCAGAUCCUAUUUCAAAAACAAAUUUGGCCGGAAACCAAAUGCUGUGUUCUCUUAAUAUAGUGGAAUAUCGAAGCUUGGUGAAAACAUUAGUUGGUGGAGUUAAAACAAUAACAUGGGGAUUUCUUAGUUCAAAGUCUCCUUCAGUCGAUAUUACUAAAAAUAAACAAGAGAAACUCUUCCAACCGUAUGAAGUUAGUAUAUAUAUUGAUUUGGUUCAUUGGGCUAUGGAAGCUUUGGACAUAUAUUCGAUUAACACAUCAACAGCUAAUCAGCUAAAAACGUCCGGUAUUAUACCACGCACGAAAGAAGAAAAGGAGGUCCUGGAACAUUUCAGUGGUAUUUUUAUUAUGAUGCACUCGCAAAAUUUUCAAGAAGUUUUUGCCACAACUAUUGAUUUUAUGGUUGAACGGAUACACAAAAAUCCCUCUCUGCAGAUAGUAGCUAAUUCAUUUUUGGCCAACCCCACUACAUCACCAUUGUUUGCAACGGUGCUGGUAGAAUACCUUUUGGGAAAAAUGCAUGAAAUGGGCACAAAUGUGGAGAGAUCUAAUCUAUAUUUGCGACUAUUCAAGCUGGUAUUUGGAAGUGUUAGCCUGUUUCCGGUAGAGAACGAACAAAUGCUGAAACCCCAUUUACACAAUAUAGUCAAUCAAUCAAUGGAAUUGGCAUUAACAGCAGAGGAGCCCUACAAUUACUUCCUGCUAUUGCGGGCAUUGUUUCGUUCGAUUGGCGGUGGUUCGCACGAUCUAUUGUAUCAGGAAUUUUUGCCUUUGCUGCCAAAUUUACUGGAGGGUUUAAAUCGUUUACAAAGCGGUUUUCACAAACAACACAUGAAAGAUCUUUUCGUUGAACUAUGCUUGACAGUGCCGGUGAGACUUUCAUCACUUUUACCCUACUUGCCAAUGUUGAUGGAUCCUCUUGUCUCAGCAUUGAACGGCUCUGCUACGUUAGUCAGCCAGGGCUUAAGAACGCUAGAACUGUGUGUGGAUAAUUUACAACCAGAUUUCUUGUAUGACCACAUCCAGCCGGUUAGAGCAGCUCUUAUGCAGGCUCUUUGGAAAACUCUUCGCAACCAAGACAACGCAGCACUGGUUGCCUUUCGUGUCCUGGGAAAAUUUGGCGGUGGCAACCGAAAAAUGAUGACAGAGCCACAAAAUAUACAAUAUGCCAACAGUGAAAUCCAACCUACGGCAGUAGUGACUUACUUCCAGGAGCUGGAAAGACCCAUAGAGUUUCCGAUCGAUAAAGCGAUAGAAACGGCUUUCUCUGCACUCAAUUCAAAUGCCACAGAUUCAUUUUAUCGCCGCCAAAGUUGGGAAGUAAUACGUUGUUUUUUGGCAGCUUCCAUCAAUUUAGACGACGAAAAACAUACAUUACAAAAGUUCUUUCUACAUCCCAGCUUUCUCGACAAUAACAUCGUAAAUAUGCCAGUGAGUCAAAGUAAGAUUGAAGAUUUCCAGGCACGAAAAACUUUGCAAAAUGCUUUGACUGGCAUGUUCGUGGCAUCGGCGACCAAGGAUUUGAGAGAUUUCGUUUUUCCAGUUAUGGUGGCUGUGGUUCGUCACUACACCAUGAUUGCUAUAGCACAACAGGCUGGACCAUUUCCCUACAAGCAGUACUACUCCAUCAAUGGCAUUGAUCCGUUGGUGCUAAUCGAUGCCUUGGCCAUAUGCAUGGGACACGAAGAGAAGGAAUUGUGUAAACCGGGACAACUUUGUAUAGGGUUGAUUUUAGAUACCGCUGCUAACAUCCUGGGUAGUAAGGAACGAGCCUGUCGCCUGCCCUUAAUGCAAUAUUUAGCUGAGAAGAUGACGGCACUCUGUUAUGAAAGACCUUGGUAUGCCAAAGUUGGUGGCUGUAAGGCCAUUCAGUUUUUGUACCAGCAUUUCUCUAUGCGUUCGCUAUACCAACAUCUCUUCUCUUUUGUAAAAGCAUUCAUGUUCGUUCUAAUGGACCUUGAAGGCGAAGUGUCCAAUGGUGCCAUCUACAUAGCGAAAACAAAUUUGAGAUCUUUGCUCGAUCUGUGUAUGGCACCGAAAGAUCAAGAAAAUGACGAUAUCAGCACCAUUAAGAACAAAGCCAUAUACGAUGUCAUUCAUGAACUGGUGCGGCAAGUAACAAGUCCAAAUACGUUGGUACGCCAAGAAUCAAUGGCAUCGCUUAAAUAUAUUGCCACACUUCAGAACCGCACGGUAUCAGAAGUAAUGGACCCGCACAAGGAGGUGCUGGCAGAUAUUAUACCACCAAAAAAACACUUGCUUAGACAUCAGCCGGUCAAUGCUCAAAUUGGUUUAAUGGAAGGCAACACUUUUUGCACCACUUUGGAGCCUAGGCUUUUCACCAUCAAUCUAACCAACAGCUAUCAUAAACUCUUCUUUCACGAGUUAAUCACUCUGUCGGAAGCUGAGGACUCUACGCUCAUGAAACUUGAUUGCUACAAAAAUGUCACCAACUUGGUACCCUUGCGAAUUAGUGCUUUAAAGGCCUUAGCAGCUUGUCACUACAUUACGGACACACAACAUAAGGACAAAAUUAUCAACAUUCUAUUUAAACUAAUGGAACACAAGAAGCCAGAACUUCAGGAGGCCGCUUUCAAGUGCAUGAAACGAUUUAAUGCUGGCAUACAAAUCGAUAAAAAGGAGAUACACAACUGUAUAAGACCGCUACUAUUGACGCUGGGCGAUCAUCGCAAUCUAACGUUGACGGCUACCAAACGCUUGUCCUAUUUUACUCAACUAUUUCCCCAAAUUUUCAACGAGAAACUGAGCGAACAAAUCUUACAGCUUUGCAGAAAACUUUUAGAAAUUUCGAUUCAAAUUUGCAAGCAGGGUCAACAAGGAGGCAACUUUUUUGCUGCCAUCCGGGGAAGCGAGUAUGAACAGAAAGUUGUUUGCCUUAUAGAAAUGUUCCAUCAAAUUACGGCCGCCACUCCGAAAUAUAUUGAGAAUCUAUGUCAACUUGUUUUGCAGACGGAAAAGAAUCUAAUGAUUGAAUCCUCUUCACCAUAUAGAGCACCGCUUCUUAAAUUCCUUAUGCGUUUUCCCAACGAGACAGUCGACUACUUCCUCUCCGAUAUCUAUAUAAUUGAUGAUCAGUGGAAUCGUUUCUUCAUUCAUAUAUUGAAGCAUAAAGAUGGCCAGCCAUUCCACAAUGUUCUCAAGACCCAGUCCUACAUUAAUGGUCUAAUAAGGCUGAUAGGUGGCGCUCAAAUCGACAGUACGGUUAUGUCCGAUGCUCAAAAGCAAGAGGCCCAGGAACAGGCCAUCAAAAUAGUGUACACAGUAAUGGAGAACGAUGAUCAGUGGAUUGCCACGCAAACGGAGUUAAUCAACUGCCUCAAACAUUUGUGGCAAUUCAACUUGAGCAAUAGUUGCCAGGAGAAUGUCAUCAGCUACAAGUGGCACUUGGUAGGAAAGAUUUUGCUUAAAUACUUUUCGCUCAACACAAAUGAAAUCGAAUUACUCUUUCAACUGUCUAGAGCUCUGUGUUUACAUUUCAUACCUGACUUUUAUUUCCUAAGAGAUUUCCUACAAAACACAGUUGCUCAAAGCUACACGGUCUAUUGGAAACGCCAGGCUUUUUUCUACUUUGUUGAGAAUUUCAACAACGUCUCCCUGUCGGAGGAGUUGAAAGCGAAAAUUAUAACAUCAAUUUUGGUGCCGUGUUUCGUAGCCAGUUUUGACAAGGGCGAGGGCAAUAAACUAAUCGGAGCACCACCAACUCCGUUCCAGGAGGACGACAGCAAUAUCGUAUCGGUAUUUAUAAGUAAAGUGUUUGAUCCAGACAAGCCAUACGCCAACGAUGAUGCCGUUAGAAUUGCUUUACUGCAAUUUGCCUGCCUUCUGGUCGAGAGAGCCUCCCAACAUAUCCAUGACGGCGAUGCCAAUAACAAGAGGCAAGGCAACAAACUACGAAGACUAAUGACUUUCGCUUGGCCAUGUCUCUUGAGUAAAAACUCGGUUGAUCCUACGGCUCGUUAUCAUGGCCAUUUGCUGUUGGCCCACAUAAUAGCUCGCCUAGCAAUACACAAGAAAAUUGUGUUGCAGGUCUUUCAUUCACUAUUGAAAGGUCAUGCUUUGGAGGCUAGACCAGUGGUGCGCCAAGCAUUGGACGUUUUAACACCCGCCAUGCCUCUGCGCAUGGAAGAUGGCAAUACCAUGCUCACACACUGGACCAAGAAAAUAAUUGUCGAAGAAGGCCAUUCAAUGCAACAAUUAUUCCACAUUUUACAACUAAUUGUUCGCCAUUACAAGGUUUAUUUCCCCGUAAGACAUCAAUUGGUAACACACUUGGUUAACUAUAUGCAACGCUUAGGCUUUCCUCCCAAUGCCUCAUUGGAGCACAAAAAACUAUCGGUCGAUUUGGCAGAGGUCAUUAUCAAGUGGGAGUUGCAGCGCAUUAAAGAUGACGAAAGUAAAAGCAAACUGUUAAAUUCUACUAUUGACGACGACUUGGAUGACAAGUCCGCUAUUAAAAGAACCUCCAGUGACGAUUUCAAUGAAUCACAACGAAAGAAACUACAAACAGACAGCGUUCGUGGCAGUAGUGCAAGUGAGGCUUCUUUGAGCACGAAAGUGGAUGAAAGUUGUCGUUCUAUAGGAAAAGUUCACUGUGACACAGUUUUGAAUUUCCUGAUAAGAUUGGCCUGUCAAGUCAAUGACAGCCAGCCCACUAUUCUCAAUUCAGGAGAUAAUUUAUCCAGAAGAUGCAUAAUCCUGCUUAGAACUGCCAUGCGGCCGGAUGUUUGGCCACAGCCUUUUGAGUUGAAGCUAAACUGGAUGGAUAAGAUUUUCGCCACAAUCGAGUCUCCUCAUACAAAUAUCAAUAACAUUUGUACCGCCUUGGAUUUCCUAACGUUUUUGACCAAUAUUAUGAAACCAGACCAACUACUGGCCAUUAUUAGACCCAUACAAAAGGGCCUAUCUGCCUGUAUUAUACAUCAAAACACAAAAAUCGUUCGUCUUAUGCACGUACUUAUUUCACGCUUAAUGACAAUCUUUCCACCGGAUUCACAGCACAAAAACGAUGAGCUUGAGAUAUUGUAUAGUGCUAUUAGCAAAAUGAUUGUGGACAAUUUAACACUGUACGAGAAGAGUCCGCAGCCGAAUCCCUCAUCGCUCUUUGGAACACUGAUGAUUUUAAAGGCCUGUUGUGCCAACAAUCCUGAGUAUAUUGAUCGUUUAAUGGUUCUGUUUAUAAGGGUACUGAAUCGACUGACUAAGGAGCAUAUAGCACAGCAAAACAAUACACAAACAUCGAUCAAUCCGACAACGGAGAAUAAUCACUUGUCCUUGGAGUUGCUGAUAUUGUCCUUGGAUAUGAUUAAAAAUCGCAUCGUUAUAAUGAGUGUGGAGGUGCGCAAACUUCUGAUUGGUAGCAUUAUAGUGAAUUUGAUUGAAAAGAGUAUGGACACUAAGAUAAUGAAGUGUAUUAUAAAGAUGUUGGACGAUUGGGUCCGAGUAAAGGAACAAAACUCGAUGGUUCAGAUACCCUCGAUACGUGAGAAAUCCGUUUUACUUGUGAAACUAAUGCAGUACGUCGAAAAGAAGUUCUCGGAUGAAAGUGAAUUGCACAUACAAUUCUUGGAAAUGAUUAACUACAUAUACAGGGACGAGUAUUUGAAGCAAACCGAAUUGAGCGCUAAACUAGAAGGUGCCUUCUUAACGGGACUGAGAAGUCAGAAUCCGGCAAUUAGAUCGAAAUUCUUCGAGAUUAUCGAUGCCUCGAUGAGAAGACGUCUACACGAUCGCUUAUUGUACAUUAUAUGCUCUCAAGCAUGGGACUCAAUUGGCACUCAUUAUUGGAUUAAACAAUGCAUCGAGUUGUUGGUCUUAACCGCAAAUACAAUGACCCACAUUCAGAAUGCUAAUGACAUGCACAAAAUUCCCAGCAUUACUUCCAUUAUCAAUAUGGGCGACAACGAAGAUAAAAGCCAGUUCGUUAUAUACACUUCGUCGCAAACCGACUGUAUGGAUAUGCCGCAUGGUGUAGACGACAAAGAUGAAGAGUUUGAUGUCGAUGUCAACUUGGACUUUACAAACACUCAGCCGGAUCAACCGGACAGUGAACGCAUGCUCCCCGCAAGAAAAGUGAAAAUAUGCAAAUUGAUUCAUCGGCAAAUUGAGUUUUUGGAAAAAAAUCGGAAAAUCCGGACAGACCAAUUGCUCGUGGCUACAUCGCAGCUGUGUCACAUGGACACCAGUUUAGCGGAGAGUGUAUGGCUGUCGAUAUUCCCUCGCAUAUGGUCGAUAUUCAGCAGCGAUCAGCAGCACACUAUUGUCAAGGAAGUCAUACCAUUUUUGUCAUCCGGCACAAAUAUUAUACAAAAGGACUGCUCCCCCAGCGCUAUAAAUACGUUUGUUGAAGGUUUGACGCAUUGCAAUCCAAAAAUCUACAUUCCUCCCAACCUCUGUACGUACCUGGGAAAGGCCCAUAAUCUUUGGCAUCGCAUGACUCUUGUACUGGAGGAAAUGGUGGCAAAGCAAAACGUCAAUCAUGCCGCUUCGUUAAUGGACUUUAGCGAGAGCAGUGCACACGACAGCAAUGGAAAUCAAACAACCGUACACGACUCCUUGUCGCAAAUGUAUUCAGCUAUGCAUGAAGAGGACUUGUGGGCUGGUUUAUGGAUGAAAUAUGCCCAAUAUUCCGAAACAAAUGUUGCCAUUUCCUAUGAACAGAUGGGCUUUUUCGAAGAGGCCCAGGGCGCCUACGAUUUGGCAAUGUCGAAAUUUAAGGAGGACUUAUCGAAUGGCAUUUGCAACUCGCAUAUGAACAGUGAAAUAAUGCUGUGGGAACAUCAUUGGAUACGAUGUGCCAAGGAACUUAAUCAAUGGGACAUUCUGCUCGAUUAUGCCCAGACUAAUCGAGAGCAACAUGAGGUUCUUAUAAUGGAGAGUGCCUGGCGUGUACCCGACUGGAGUCUCAUGAAAAAAGCUUUACUUAAAAUAGAACAGGCCUAUUCGAAGCAGUUCGGCUACAAGGUUAAUCUCUACAAGGGCUUUUUAGCCAUUCUCCAUCCCGAAGAAAGGCAAUUAGCCAAUGUCGAGAAAUAUGUAGAAAUAUCAUCAGGCCUAUGCAUUCGCGAAUGGGGCAGGCUACCGCAUAUUGUGUCGCACAUACACCUGCAGUACUUGCAGGCUGCCCAACAAAUAAUCGAACUACACGAAGCCAGCCAAAUACAUCAGGGUCUAUUGCAAUCCCGAAAUACGUCACUGCAUGACAUGAAGGCUAUUGUGAAAACUUGGAGAAAUCGUUUGCCGGUUAUCGCUGAUGAUCUAUCGCACUGGUCAGAUAUUUUCACUUGGCGACAGCAUCACUAUCAGAUUAUCACUCAGCAUCUGGAGCAACAAUCCGAUCAAGGAAAUACAAUGCUCGGCGUGCAUGCAUCGGCACAAGCUAUUAUUUAUUUUGGCAAAAUAGCCAGAAAGCAUAAUCUCACUGGCGUAUGUCAGGAAACUCUAUCCCGCAUCUACACCAUACCAUCCGUUCCCAUUGUCGAUUGUUUCCAGAAAAUACGACAACAGGUUAAAUGUUACAUUCAAACAGCCUCUUCAGCUGGCCGUAAUGAUCUUAAUGAAGCUUUGGAGGUGAUUGAGUCGACAAAUCUUAAAUAUUUUACAGCUGAAAUGAAUGCUGAAUUCUAUGCCCUGAAGGGCUUGUUACUGGCAAAAAUUGGACGUUCCGAAGAAGCAGGCAAAGCAUUUAGUGCUGCUGUCCAGCUACACGAUGGCCUUACCAAGGCUUGGGCCAUGUGGGGUGAUUUUAUGGAGCAAAUGUUCUUGCGCGACAAACAAAUUGCGCUGGGUGUCAGUGCACUCACGUGCUAUUUGCACGCCUGUCGCCACCAGAGCGAAAGCAAGACUCGAAAAUACUUAGCCAAAGUAUUGUGGUUCUUGUCCUACGACAACUCCAGCAACACAUUAAUGGGCACUCUCGAGAAGUAUGUGGUUGGCGUACCUCCUUCCUACUGGCUUCCAUGGAUACCACAGUUGCUGUGCUGCCUAGUCCAAUAUGAUGGAAGUGUUAUUCUGAAUCUGUUAAGCCAUGUGGGACGUUUAUAUCCGCAGGCUGUUUACUUUCCCAUACGGACUCUUUAUUUGACUUUGAAAAUCGAGCAACGAGAAAAACACAAGACUGCUGAGCAGGCUUCUGGCAGACCUCAAAAUCACCAAAAUCUUGAAAAUAAUAUGAACCAGGUAUUCACCAAUACGAGCUCAUCUUCAUCAUCUGGACCUACAUCGGUUAAUCCCAUUAAGGCUACUCCUCCAAUGUGGCGGUGCUCUAAAGUUAUGCAUGUCCAAAGGGAAAUACACCCCACAAUACUCAGCUCACUGGAGGGUAUUGUUGACCAAAUGGUCUGGUUUAGAGAGAGUUGGACAGAAGAAGUAUUACGACAAUUAAGACAGGGUUUAAUUAAAUGUUACGCCAUCGCAUUCGAGACGAGAAGUACGGUAAGCGAGGCCACCAUUACACCACACACAUUGCAUUUUGUGAAGAAAUUGGGUUCAACAUUUGGUAUUGGUAUUGAAAAUAUCCCGGGAUCGGUGGCAUCAUCAUCAUCCAAUUCGGCAGCAUCAGAGUCAUUGGCCCGCCGGGCCCAAGUUACUUUCCAAGAUCCUGCUUUCCAAAUGAUGAAAGAACAGUUUACACGCGAUUUUGAUUUCACGAAACCCGACUCAAUGAAACUGCACAAUUUGAUAACAAAACUAAAGUCCUGGAUAAAGGCUUUAGAGAUAAAGGUCAAAAAACUGCCGACUUCCUUCUUAAUCGAAGACAAAUGUAGAUUUUUGUCCAACUUUAGUCAAAAAACAGCCGAGGUCGAGUUGCCGGGCGAAUUCCUCAUACCCUCCUCUUCUCAUUAUCACAUUCGGAUUUCUCGAUUUAUGCCCAGGGUGGAGAUUGUACAAAAAAAUAAUACGGCAGCUCGACGUCUACACAUACGAGGCACCAAUGGUAAAAUUUAUCCCUAUUUGGUUGUUAUCGACACAGGACUAGGAGAUGCCCGCCGUGAAGAAAGGGUUCUACAACUGCUGCGCAUGCUUAACUACUAUUUGGAAAAGCAAAAGGAGACCACACGACGUUUUCUCAAUAUUACCGUGCCGCGCGUUGUACCCAUCUCACCACAAAUGCGUUUAGCUGAAGACAAUCCUGCUAGCAUAUCACUGUAUGAAAUCUACAAAAGUACGUGUGCUAAAAUGGACGUGGAACAUGACUUGCCAAUCAUGAAGUAUUACGAACGAUUGUCGGAGGUGCAAUCACAGGGCGCUCAAAUAACGCAUGCAAUGCUGCGCGAUAUAUUCCAGGAGAUACAAACUAAAAUGGUGCCAAAGACUCUAUUUAAACAGUGGGCCAUUAAAACCUUUGUUUCCGCCACAGAUUUUUGGCAAUUCCGAAAAAUGAUGACCCUGCAAAUGGCAUUGGCUUUCUUGUGUGAAUACGCUUUGCAUUUGACACGCUUAAAUACAGACAUGAUAUACAUACACCAAGACUCGGGCCUAAUGAAUGUCUCCUAUUUUAAAUUUGAUAUUAACGAUGAUAAGGAGGAAUUGGAUCAUAGUCGUCCAGUACCCUUCCGUCUAACACCGAACAUUGCUGAAUUUCUAACAAAUAUCGGCAUUUCGGGACCCUUGUCCGCUGCCAUCAUCGCAACAGCCCGCUGUUUUGUACACCCCAAUUACAAGCUCACAUCUAUAUUACGAACCAUACUACGUGAUGAAAUCAUUGCCCUGCACAAGAAACGCAUGCGCGACAACAAACCCAUCGACGCCAUGGAAGAUGCAACGACUGACGAAAAUAUCACAGAAAAUAUGAUACGUUUAGUGAAUAAGGCCGUAAAUGCAAUACUAAAUCGUUUAACAACGAUCUCGUACUUCGAUAAUAUAGAAUCGAAGAAAAUUUCUAUAUUGCUGCAGCAGGCAACAAAUCAUGAUAAUUUAUGUCGCAUGGAUCCCGCCUGGCAUCCAUGGCUCUAAACAACAACAAAAAAAAUAUACAACCUAAUUUUAGUUUUACUUUUUAUUUUUUGGAAUUCAAUAAAUUUUCAAAUCGUUUUAAACAGAAA